AUGGCCUUUUCCUUUUCCUUCGCCGGCGACGACAUAGAGGAGGAGGAGGACCAGCUAGCUGCCGGCCCUCAUUCUUCUUUGCCACCAACAAGGAACACGCCAGCCAAGCCCGCAUCCUCCUCGUCCGCGUCCGCGGGCGCCUUCCCCGUUCAGGGCAAACCGCUGCUCCCGCCCACGCAGCAUGAUAUCGAGGACAUGCUCUCCAAGUUGCCUUCCAAGGUCGCCUUCAGCCUGCUCGACGUCGACCUCGGCGAUGGGCGCGUCGUCCAGCUGCCUCGGCGCGAGCUGUGGGACGUGCGCGUGCAGCUGAUGGCCGAGGAGAGCGCGGACGAUUCCGCCGAGUCCGAAGCCGGCCUCGGCGAGCACGACGUCAAGACCGGCAUCUACGAGGGCGGCUUCAAGAGCUGGGAGAGCAGCGUCGAUCUGGUCAAGGUGCUUGCUGCCGAGAACGCCGCAGACCUGUUGGCUCAUGACCCAUGCAUCGUAGUAGAGCUCGGCUGCGGCACAGCCCUGCCUUCUCUGGCUCUCUUCCGGUGGGCCCUGAACGACAGAAAGCCCGAGCGAAACCAGCCGUUGGUGCUCACGCUCGCAGACUACAACCCGACUGUCCUCUAUCUCGUGACUCUGCCCAACCUGAUUCUUGCUUGGGCGCUCCAGCAACGGGCGCAGAAUGAGGCCCUAGGCGAGGCUUUCACCCCGGAUGGAGAGCUGGAGUUGACGCCAGAAGUGCUCCAAGCCUUCAGGCAGGCUCUUUCCUCAACCGGCAUUAAGCUCUCUUUCCUGUCAGGAGCCUGGUCGCCCGAGCUGGUUGAUUUGCUUUACAGUUCAGCCGUCCCCGCCGGCCUCCCAGACACCACCACAACGCUGCUGCUAGGAUCCGAGACCAUUUACUCCCCAUUUGCGCUCGAGAGCUUCAGCAGCACGUUGCGCUCGAUCCUUCUGCGAGAGCGCCGCGAGCGUCCAAGUGGCACCGCUCGGGCUUUCGUUGCCGCAAAGAAGCUGUACUUCGGCGUCGGAGGUUCCCUAGAUGAUUUUGUCGACAAGAUGCGGGGACUUGGAGCAGACGUCAGGACCUUGUUCGAAGAGACACGGGGGGUCCACCGCGGCGUCGUGGAAUGCCUUCUCUCCUGA